ACUACCAAAUUAUUCAUGGAAACCCAGGGUGGAGAUAAUGUUUCACAAUUGCUUCGAGCUCAAACCCAUGUCUGGAACCAUAUUUUCAAAUUCAUAAACUCUUUGUCUCUUAAGUGUGCUACUGAGUUGGGCAUAGCAGAUAUCAUACACAACUAUGGCCAACCUAUGCCACUCUCACAACUCAUUGCUUCAUUACCAAUCCACCCUUCCAAGACUUCCUUUAUCAGCCGUUUGAUGAGAAUUUUGACUCAUUCCGGUUUCUUCUCUGAACACCAUGGCACCCCAAAUGAGAGUGAAGUGUUGUAUGUGCUAACUGAUGCAUCUAAAUUACUCCUAAAGGACCAUCCCUCCAGCAUGACAUCUUUGUUACAACUCAUAGUUGAUCCAGUUUAUAUUAAUCCAUGGUAUCAACUCUCUACUUGGUUCACAAAUGAAGACCCUACACCAUUUUAUACUGAAAAUGGGAUGACAUUUUGGGAUUCUGCUAGGUGUGAGCCUAAGUUCAACCACUUUUUCAACGAUGCCAUGGCUAGUGACAGUAAAUGGGUUUCUGGUGUAGUGAUUGAGAAGUGUGAAGGAGUGUUGAAUGCAUCAAAGUCAUUGGUUGAUGUUGGAGGAGGAACAGGGACAAUGGCUAAGGUUAUUGCUGAGUCAUUCCCACAUCUAAAGUGCACUGUAUUGGAUCUGCCGCAUGUCGUUGCUGACUUGCAAGGAACUGAGAACAUAGAAUAUGUUGGAGGAGAUAUGUUUCAAGCAAUUCCCUCAGCAGAUUCCAUUAUGUUGAAGUGGAUAAUGCAUAACUGGAUGGACGAGGAAUGUGUAAAAAUACUGAAAAAUUGCAAGGAGUCAAUAGCAAGCAAGGGAAGGGUUAUUAUCAUCGACAUGGUGAUGGAGAAUAAGAAGGAAGACCAUGAAUUAACUGAAAUGCAGCUUUUCCUUGAUAUGCAGAUGAUGAUGCUGUUCAGUGCAAAAGAAAGAAAUGAGAAAGAGUGGGCCAACCUAAUUUUCUCUGCUGGCUUCAGUAACUAUAACAUUACUCCCAUUGGUUUAUUUUCUAUCAUUGAGGUUUAUCCAUAGUGUGUUAUUGCUGCUAAAUGAGAUUAUGAGAAGAGCUAAACUAUCUAUUUUUUCUGUUCUUGUUGUAUUAGCAUCAUUGAGGUUUAUCCAUAGUAUGUUAUGUAUCUCCCUUUUCUGUUUAAGUUUAUUUUUUCUGUUCUUGUAUUAGAAUCAAAUAUAUGUGUGCAUUGUUGUGAAUAAGUUAAAGUCAUUUGAUGGUAAUGAAUUAUGUUCUUCUAACUUUA